AUGACGAUAAUAGAUGCAUCAAUUUAUAACAAGCCAUUCCUAAUAGAUGUCAACAUUGAACCACUAGGUAAAUUAGUCGAAUUUUUUGAGACAUUUAAAAGCUUUGAUAGUAAAUUAAGAGAAAAUUUGACAGAUUUAGCUAUAGAAAUUAAACAGUUAGAGAAAGGUCUACAUCCAUAUUAUAUUUCAUUACCAAAGGAUGACCAAAUUGACAAAUAUUUAACUUGGCUAAAAGAUGGCAAGGUUAAUUUUGAUUCAAUUUACAAUCAGGUUAAUAAGAUAGAACCAAGUAUAUCAAGAAUCCUAGAUGUGUUAGAAGAUUCUCUAAAGCCAGAAAAUUAUAUGAUUGAAAGCUAUAAUAUAAUUUUUGAUUUGAUUGAAAAUUGUACAAAUUCAUUGAAUGACUUGAAAGCUUGGUUAAUAUCUAUCAAACAACAUAUUGAUAUCUCCAUAGAUUUCCUAGAAAUUUCUAACAAUACAAUGGAUACCCUUCAUCGCUUAAUAAAGGAAAACCUAAAAACCUGUUUUAAGAUUCAGGAAGAGCGCUUUCUAUCUCCUAUUCGACAUUUACCAUCGUUCUCACUUAAACAAUUAUUAGACCUAUUAAAUUCCACCAAUGAAAACUUAAGUUAUAAAAUCCCGGCCUUUACAUCGAUUGAUGAAGUUGUUUACAGAGAAUACCUUGAAUUAACGAAAAAAAUAGAACCUAUAGAUUUAAGUUUAAAUAAAUUUUUAUUAGAACGUAUUAACAAUUUUAAGAAAAGAGAAGUUUCAAUUAUAAAAAAAUUAAGUAUUAGAUUAGAUGAAAAAUACAAGAUUAUUCUCGAAGAAUAUAACUUUAUGACACAAGAAAUCAAAGAUUUAAAAAAAGAGCUGGUAGAUAAGAGAUGGAACAUUUUGUUUAUUAAUUUAUCACAUGAAAUAGAGUUUUUAAUGGAAGAGAUAGAUUUAAUCAAGAAUAAGAUUAGGAAUUAUUAUUUAUCGAAUAGAAUAAAAGAAAAAUUAAUUAAACAAUUAACCAAAAAAACAGAAAUUAUAACAAGAACUUUUCAAGUAAUAUUCAAAGCUAUUGAAUUGGCAUUAUUAGAUACCACUGUUGUUAAAAGAAUCAAUGAAAUUUCGAAGCGUUGGCUAGUUGAAAUUAAAAGUAUUAAUAAAAUAUUCAAUAAAUAUGAAGAAGAAAGAGAUAGUAUUGAUGAUAUUUCUUCAAGAAUCAAUUCACUGACUUUAAGAAAUGGUAAAGCUAGAAAUGCUGAAAAUAAUAAGUUAAUUGAUAAUGAUAAUAAUGAAUUACUUCCUAUGAAUGAUAAACAUAACAAUAAAACAGAAAAAAGAGAUAUCGAACUGAAUCAAAUUGAUGAAUAUAUUAAGAAAGAGAUUUUACAUUGCACAGAAAAUCCCCAACAUUCAAGUGCAAAAAAGAAGCGCCGAUCAUCACUGAUGGGGACAGCUCCUUUAGCCAAUAAAGAAAAACGAAUAUCUUCAGGAAAUAAAAUUGGUGUUGCAUUAUUAAAUAAGAUGAAUUACCAACCGGUUAUUGUCACAGGGACUCCUGUUUCUGUAGAAAGAAAUAACCCAUUUUAUGAUAUUGAAAGUAUCAAUAAUAACCAGAAAAAGGCUGCAAAAAGAAUGAGUAAGUUACAAUUUAAUGCGGUACCUGAUUUGAACCAUCCAACAACGAAACAUCAUUCAAUAUUAGGCUCAGCUUCUUCCUCCUUUACUAUUCGUGAUUUUGAAGACGAAGAUAGUUUUGUCAUGUGCAGCCCUAUCGACAAAGAUCAACAACACCAAUUACAACAUACACAAAGUGAAACCCCCCAAAGUCCAUUAAGAGAAGAAAUCAAAUCUAUUUUUGAUAGCGCUGAGAAGAAUUCUAUCGAUGAUAGUAUGACAAUUAAUAAAAAAAAUCGUUUACAAACAUUACCAAGUCCACAAGGAUUGUCAGUGCUGGAAAGGACUCUCCGUAAAUUAGAAGGUUCGCCAACAUUAUACUCUAAUACCAAUUCUGAUGAUGAAAAUAGUAUGCUGUUAUUCCCUCAUGAGGAUAUCAAUCCAUUUGUAAAUAGCACUGCAUCUUCAGAGGAGGAUAUCAAAAUUAUUAAUAAUUUCGAAGAUAUUGGGAAUCAUUCGGAUACAGUACAACUUUAUGAUGAUAAGCAAACCCAGGAUCUAGAACCAGACGAGGAUGAAUUGAAUGACGAAACACAAGAGACCAUAGAAUACCAUGAUCUGCAGAAAGAGGUAGAAUUGGAUAAUUCUGAUGACUCUAAGCCUACUCCUGGUCCUACUACUAACUUCUCCUACGAGACACGCAAUAGCCUAUUGCGUCUUGAAAAACUGGAACAGGUUAGAAAACUGAAACUCAAGUACUACAUGACUCAGCAGAGUAAAAUACCUAGAUGGAAUCCCAAGGCUUAUUUUGCUACAUGGGGUAACUCUGAUACCAAAGGCAUUUCCUCUUACCCUGAAAAUUUAUAUUCUGAGCUAUCACCAUUACCAGUACAAUGCUUGGAUGAACAACUUAAGGGUAGUCUAUUAAGAAAGCCAACACCGUUGUCACAUCUUUACAGCUAA